UUCAGCAAGGUGCAGCGAUAAAUGCAUGUUACUCUCAACGGAUUUGCAUAUUUAUCAGAGCUUUUACUUUAGAGUUACCAACAUUUCCGUGACAUUACAUGUCAAAAGCGAAAAAUAUACAUUCAAUCUUGAAUCGCAACAUUGUUCUGAAAAAGAAAUCAACGAAAUGAGAUUGGAUAUUGUUUGUGGUUCACCAAUUCGUCCAGGUGAAUCUUUUAAUGCCUGUACUAAAGAGGUUGCAUGCCUCGAUGACAGAGCAGUGUGUCAAAUACUUACCGAUGACGGACAAGGCCGUUAUGUUUGUAAAGAUCAUAGUAUGCUGAUCAAAGGUCAUGUUUGUGACUGCAAAGAAGGACAAAUAAGAUACAAAGAAACAUGUUUAGAUGGUAAUUUAUCAGUAGGAAAUGAAUGCUACCUUUCUUCGCAGUGUUCCAGUACAAAACAUGCAAAUCGAUGUGUUGAUGGGUAUUGUGUCUGUCAAAAUGGAUUCCUCCUAAAGAAACAAAGGUGCUUACCUGGCACACUGCUUCUUGGAGAGAGCUGCGAUUUUGAUGAGCAGUGCAGUGGUACAAAAAAUGCUGGAAACUGCAAAUAUACAGGAGGUGCAAAUUUUACGACUAGUAAACAAUGCGAUUGUGAUGAUGGUUUUUCAAAUUUUCGUGGAGACUGUCUUCCAGGCAAUUUAUCUGUCGGUCAGGUAUGUUUCCGCUCUUCGCAGUGCACUCAUGCAGAUCCUGCUGCACGAUGUGUUGAUGGUCAUCGUCUCUGUAUGAAGGAAUAUCAAAUAAGGGGACGGACAUGUGUCGAAGACACGAAUAAAGAAAACGCAAGGACACAAAAAGUGGAAGAUAUCUCAAUCAUCGCUGGAAUUAUUGGAUAUUUUCUUGGCUUAGCCUCUUCAAUUUGUGCUUCAGUUGUUUUCAAGAAAAUUUGGAAGCGUUCGAUAAAAACCAGAUAUCGAAAUACGCCUAUCCAGCAGAAUGGAAGCAAUUUAGCACUCCAAAAUGUAUUGUACAAGCAUUCGGAAAGUGCCGUUUGCGUCGGCGAAUCACUGAUUCAAAUUCAAGGAAUCCGGAAAAAAAGUGACUACAAUAAUGAUCCGUACUCAAGCAUCGAAGAGACAUAUAAUCAUCUAAAUGAUAACACCGAUUUAAUGCCAACUAAUGAGGUGUACGACUUUGCAGGACAUAUAGAGACUGACCAGUCAGAAGAUACGUACAGCUUGGCAAAGGCUCUCCCAUCCUCCAAAAACGGAUGUCAAUGUUGAACCUGUUAUUUUUUUUACACAUUGAAGCCAUAUAUAAAGAAGUGCAGCUCUGAUAAAUCAGUUCCUAAAAAGAAUUGAUUUCAAUUAACCUUCAUU